AUGUCAGAUGUGGCAGUAUCGUUUCUUCUAAACCAGCUGCGCGUGCUCCUCGCGCAAGAGAGCAAUCUUCUCAAAGGACUCGAACGUGAAGUCGAGAGCAUCCGGGACGAGAUGGCCCAGAUGACACAGCCGACUCGAAAGAAGAAAGCAAUCCCAACCUCAAGGAAUGGGUCAGACAGGUCCGAGACAGAUUGCUUCAGAAAUCGAGGACAUAAAUGUAAGCUGGAAGACAUUUCUAGAAGGCAGCACAGGUAUCGAGACAUGUACUUUUCAGUCGCAGACCAAGCGAAAAACGAAUGGCAUGAAUACAGAGGAGAUGCCCUGUUCCUGGACAAGGCCGAAGUUGUGGGCAUCGAGAAGCCCAAAAUGCCAUUCCACCUCAAGAGCGGCAACCUGCAGAGAAUAUCUAAACUGCUAUCCCUCAGCUAUUACGAGUUUCCGGAGGGUGGCCCACUAGACAAGUGGAAGAUUAUCCGGCUGUGGGUUUCGGAAGGGUUUGUGCAGGCGAGACAGGGAAAGACCUUGGAAGAAGUGGCCGAGGUGUACCUGAACGAGCUUCUCGGCAGGAGCCUAAUCCAGGUGGCGAAGGAAAUCGACGGGCGGCUAAGAGUGUACCGAACACACGACCUGCUACGCCUCAAAGUCCAGAGAAUAGAACAUUGUGUCAAUAUACGGAGAAGGGAAUUCAAGGAAAUAGCUGCUAAAGGUACUGGACCUACAGAAGCUCAGUUGGACACCAUUCCAAAUGAGGUUUUCAAGUUAUACCAUCUCAAGUAUCUCAGCUUAAGGAAAACACAUGUGAGGUUCAUACCCCGGUUGAUCGAGAAUCUAAAGGAGCUCGAAACACUGGAUAUCAACCACACUAAUGUGACCAAGUGCCCGUCGAAAUCCUUAAGCUCUGCAAACUCCGGCACCUUUUGGCGGCUGCUUAUCUUCCCUACAGAAGCUCUGCUGGAUAGAUGCAGAGGAAAUCAACGGAACCAAAACAAUGAGGGAAAUAGGGAACCUAAACCAGCUACGGCGUUUGGGGAUCUCGAAGCUCAGGGCAGCGGACGGAUUCAAGCUCUGCACCUCCAUCGCGAAGCUAACCGAUCUGCGCUCGCUCAGCCUUUGCUCGAUCGACGACGGAGAGGUUCUGGAUCUGGACCACGGCCAAUCAUCGCCGGAUCUGCCGUUCCUAGGAGGCUCGACCUGCGGGGCCACCUGGAGAGGCUGCCGCGGUGGGUCCCAUCUCUGGACGGGCUCACCACACUUUACCUGAGCUGGAGCCGAUUGAGGGACGACCCGCUGGAUCUACUCCGGGACCUGCCGAAUCUGGCGGUGCUCGUGCUCCACUACGCCUACGACGGCGAGGGUUUGAGAUUCGGCGCCCUAGGGUUUCAGAAGCUGAAGCAGCUGUUUUUGGGGGGGUUGAGGGGGCUGAAGCGGGUGGAGAUGGAGAAAGGGUCGAUGCCGGUUUUGGAGUGGCUGACGGUGAUGGACUGCCGGAUAAUGGCGGAGCUGCCGGAGGGGAUCCGCCAUUUGAGCGGCCUGCGGACAGCGAGCUUCAUCAACAUGGGCGAGGGUUCCGUUGAGGGCGUGGCGGAGCAGAAGAGGGCCGAAGGGGAUAAAUGGUGCCUCGCGCACGUCCCCAUUUUC